AUGCUUUUCCUGGCGUUGCGAUGCCGCGGUGCUUUGCCCAGCAAGUACGGGAUUAGAAGGAAGUUCAUUUGCUUGGCGCGGGUGUGGUCUCGUCUGCGUUGUAGGUUUUCUGAUGGCAGGCAUGGAUGUGCAGGCGCAUCCAUGGAACGUUCUGGAGAUGUGGUGUGGAAAGGCGUGGGCGCUCGUUUUGCUUUAGUCGCGCUCUUGGUCGAUAUCUACUGGGGCGUGGUGUUUCAGCGCUGCGAGACGUUUGUGCGACGGCGCGCGCCAUCAGAAGCGACCUCACGUGGCUGGCGACGCAGCAUAGGGGCAGCGCGAAACGCGUUGCGCUGGGCGAACCCAGCGCCACCUGCCGAAGGGAGCGUACGCACUAUUUGGGAAAACGAUUGGGGCUACGCAUCGCUGCAAGGCGCGUGUGCGACAGCAACAGCGGUCACCAGCGGGCUCACUGAGCUGGUGACGCACGAUAGGCGCAGCGAGAAAUGCAGUAGAGGAGAAGGCCACGACCACGUGGGUCCGACGCUAAGUAGAUUGGAUUGCCAAUCGGAAAUCCCAUGA